GGACACAUGGGGGCAGCAAUGUUUUGUCUCUACGACUUCUUUGUAGACGAAGAAGACCGCAGAGCAAAAUGGCUGCGCCCAUGAGUAACGUGGAGGAAAUUCGCAGCCGGGUAAUCUUGGGAGAAUUUGGUGUAAAGAAUGUUCACACAACAGAUUUUCCUGGAAACUACCCAGGCUUUGAUGACACAUGGGACAUGAAGCGAUUUCAGAAGAAUUUCCGGAUUGAUGUAGUGCAUCUGGAUGAGAACAGCAUGGAAUUUGACAUGGUGGGGAUCGAUGCUGCCAUUGCUAACGGCUUCAGGAGAAUCUUACUGGCAGAGGUGCCCACAAUGGCUAUAGAGAAAGUGUUCAUCUAUAACAACACAUCUAUAGUCCAGGAUGAAGUUCUGGCCCACAGGCUGGGCCUCAUCCCCAUCAAAGCAGACCCUCGUCUGUUUGAGUUCAAGAAUACAGGUGAAAGCAACUAA